ACCUCCCCUCUCGCGGAGGGAGCCGGAGGGGGCCCGGGACGCCGCGCGCAGACCUGCUCCGGCUGCGCGCCGCGCCGCUCUCCUCCGAGAGUGGCAGCAGUAGCCGCGGCGGCCGCAGGGGUUCCCGGCUGCCGCAGCUCCCCGGGGGAGCCGAGCGCGCCUCUCCUGCGAGCCCAGCACCCCCAACCUGCUCGCCGCGCGCAGCUGAGCCGCCCACCAUGGAUUUCCUCCUGGCGCUGGUGCUCGGGUCCUCGCUCUAUCUGCAGGCGGCCGCGGAGUUCGACGGGAGGUGGCCCAGGCAAAUAGUGUCAUCCAUUGGCCUGUGUCGUUAUGGUGGGAGGAUUGACUGCUGCUGGGCCUGGGCCCGCCGGUCCUGGGGACAGUGUCAGCCUUUCUACGUCUUAAGGCAGAGAAUAGCCAGGAUAAGGUGCCAGCUCAAAGCUGUGUGCCAGCCACAGUGCAAACACGGUGAAUGCAUCGGACCAAACAAGUGCAAGUGUCAUCCUGGAUAUGCCGGCAAAACCUGCAAUCAAGACGAACACUUCUACCCAACUCCUCUUGACCAAGGCAGUGAACAGCCUCUUUCACAACCCCUGGAUCAUCAAGCCACAAGUUUACCUUCAAGGGAUCUAAAUGAGUGUGGCCUGAAGCCGCGGCCCUGCAAGCACAGGUGCAUGAACACUUACGGCAGCUACAAGUGCUACUGUCUCAACGGAUACAUGCUUAUGCCGGAUGGAUCCUGCUCAAGUGCCCUGACAUGCUCCAUGGCAAACUGUCAGUAUGGCUGUGAUGUUGUCAAAGGACAAAUUCGGUGCCAGUGCCCCUCUCCUGGCCUACGGCUGGCUCCUGAUGGGAGGACCUGCGUGGACAUUGAUGAAUGUGCUACUGGAAGAGCCUCCUGCCCUAGAUACAGGCAGUGUGUCAACACUUUUGGGAGUUACAUCUGCAAAUGUCAUAAAGGCUUCGACCUCAUGUACAUUGGAGGCAAAUACCAAUGUCACGAUAUAGAUGAAUGCUCCCUUGGUCAGUAUCAAUGCAGCAGCUUUGCUCGAUGUUACAACGUACACGGGUCCUACAAGUGUAAAUGUAAAGACGGAUACCAGGGCGAUGGACUGAAUUGUGUUUAUAUUCCAAAAGUCAUGAUUGAACCUUCAGGUCCAAUUCAUGUACCAAAGGAAAAUGGUACCAUUUCAAGGGGUGAUGGAGGACACAGUAAUUGGAUCCCUGAUGUCAGAAGUACUAGGUGGCCUCUGAAGACGCCCUAUGUACCUGCUGUCAUUACCAGCAGGCCCACCCCUGAGCCAACAGCAAGACCUGCCCUGAAGCCAGCGCCACAGCCUGCCCCACCCACAGAACUCCGAACACCUCCGCCAGCAGCAACCCCAGGAAGACCAACCACCAGACUGACAAGUGUAGCACCAGUUGCCACUGCGUCUCCAAGAAGGAUUACAGUUGACAACAGGAUACAGACAGAGCCUCAGAAACCCCGAGGAGAUGUGUUCAUUCCACGGCAGCCUUCAAAUGACUUGUUUGAAAUAUUUGAAAUUGAAAGAGGAGUCAGUGCAGAUGAUGAAGCAAAGGAUGAUCCAGGUGUUCUGAUACACAGUUGUAAUUUUGACCAUGGGCUUUGUGGAUGGAUCCGAGAAAAAGACAGUGACUUGCACUGGGAACCAGUGAGGGAUCCAGCAGGUGGACGGUAUCUGACGGUCUCGGCGGCCAAAGGCCCGGCGGCAAAGGCCGCUCGCCUGCUGCUCCCCCUCGGCCACCUCCUGCACUCGGGGGACCUGUGCCUGUCGUUCAGGCACAAGGUGACGGGGCUGCACGCCGGCACGCUCCAGGUGUUGGUGAGAAAACACGGUGCCCACGGAGCAGCCCUGUGGGGAAGAAAUGGUGGCCACAGCUGGAGGCAAACGCGCAUCGCCCUGCGAGGGGCUGACGUCAAGAGCGUCAUCUUCAAAGGUGAAAAAAGGCGUGGUCACACUGGGGAGAUUGGAUUGGAUGAUGUGAGCUUGAAAAAAGGCCACUGCUCUGAAGAACACGAGCAACUCCAGAACUAGCAAUGAACCCCUGUGUUGCUCCCUUUUCUUUUUCCAGUCUUCACCUCCUGUCCUCUCCUCCCUCUUAUCAGGCCUAGGAGAAGAGUGGGUCAGGAGAAAGUCUGGUUGGUGACCCACAUCUUGCUGGCCUGCUUUUGUGCAAUCCCAGUGAACAGUGACACCUUCCUUGAAAUACAGGGGGGCAUCUGUAGAUGUGUGCAAAGCCAUCUUUGGGUGUUACCUUUCAUCCUGUGUCUCUUAAGAAGGCCUUCAGUGUGUGUGACCUAUACCGUCCUUCAUCCUGGUUACAAGGUGUUCCUUGUAGCAAAUUAUAGGAGAAGUUUUCAAAAGAAAUCUGUGCAAAUGACCUUUCUGUUAUCUGUUCAGUGUUGUACCACGAGUAGUAUUGACUUCCCCUAAGAUGCGUUGUACAAUGUGCUUGUGAAAUUGGUUUCUCCUCUCUACUUGGUAGUUCUGGUCUGACCUGAACUCUGACUUUUACUGCCAUUCGCUUUAUAAAAGAAGGGUAUGUAGCAUAUCAA